GGCCGAUGUAGAGCACGUCCCAACCGGCUCCACAGCGGCCCAACGCGGCGCCCUGGGGGCUGAGCGCUGUGGGAGCGCCGGGCCAUGUCUCCUGCAGGUGGAUGGCGGCCCCUGAGCAUCGUGUUUGUGUUGGGGAUGGGGAUGGCGGCGGCUGGGGGUGGCAGCUGCCCCAGCGGGUGCAGCUGUGGUUACCUGGAGGUGAACUGCACGGGGAGGCAGCUGCACCAGUUCCCCUCGGCCAUCCCGCUGGACACCAGGCAGCUGAUCAUGGCGGCCAACAAGGUGUCGUAUCUCCCGGCCGUGGAACUGAGCUUCCUGGCGGAUCUGGUGUACCUGGACUGCCAGAAGAACCUCUUAGGGGAUGACCUGGAUUUCACUUUCGUCGGUGUGGUUAAGCUCGUCUACCUGGAUCUCAGCUUCAACAACCUGACGCAGGUCACCUUCAGCACCUUCUCGCAGCUCCUCAGCCUGGUGGUGCUGAAGAUCUCGGACAAUCCCAACCUUGUGGCAAUAGAGAAGGAUGCUUUCGCCAACAACACCUGGCUGAGACACCUGGACGUGAGCCGGACUGGUUUAACCUUCCUAGACGCCAGCACCGUCCAGGACCUGCCUAACCUGAGGCUUCUGGGGCUCUCUGCCAACCCGUGGCACUGCAACUGCUCCCUUUUGGACUUCAUCACCUGGAUGACAGAGAGCAGUGUUCAUUUUCCAGACGCCGACAACAUCACCUGCUAUACACCAGAAGCCCUUCAUGCCUUGAAAAUGCCUGCAGCAGAGGUACAGCUGCAGUCCAGCUGCCAGACCCAGCUGCACAAGCAGGACUACAUCUUCCUGUGUUUCAUUGGCUUCUGCAUAUUCUUUGCUGGCACUGUGGUGGCCUGGCUGGCUGGAAUCUGUGCUGUCAUCUACCAAAUCCACAGUUCAAAGGAGGAGGAGGAAGAAGAAGAAGAAGAGGAGAAAGACGCAGUCACUUAGUGUCCGCCCUAUCAGCCCUUCUGGAUGCCGUGCUGAGAACUGAAGGCAAACUUUAGAUGCAGUUUGUUUUUUUGAAGUGAAAUAAAACCAGAAGAGAAGGUGA